AUGAGCACCACGGUCCACCCCGAAGACCUGCCCGUCCCGGGCAGGGACUCGUAUUUUUGGCUUGGAGAGAUGAACAAGGCAAGCGCUGUCAUCAACUCAGAUGAAGGUCUGCUGGACCCUGAAGUAGCUCGUCGCAUUGCUCGGGGCCUUAACAAACUACUGGAGUCCGGGAAAAAAGAAAACGCACCACGCCCAUCUCUCGUCAUUACAUUCGAGCCAUUGCUCAUUGAGGCUGCGGGAAUCGAAGCAACCCUUCUUCACGCCGGACGUUCAAGUCAAGAUAUGCUCACAACUGCAUCGACUGCCAUCCUUCGCGACGCCGUUCUGAAGCUGGCUUCACAACUCUGCACGACCACGGCCCGUUUGCUUGAUUUGGCAGAAACCCAUAGCUCAACACUUGUGCCGAAUUACACCAACGGUGUCGCAGCGCAGCCUAAUUCUUAUGGCCACUAUCUACUGGGGCACAUAGCCGGCCUCCAUAGGGAUGCAGAACGCCUCCAGCAGUUCUACGUCAGACUUGACAGAUGCGCGAUGGGUACCACCGUCCUCAACGGAACAAGCUGGCCACUGAACCGCCAGCGUAUGGCGAAGUUUCUUGGUUUUGCCGCCAUCGUCGACAACGCUUAUGACGCAGCUCAGAUAUCUGCGGCAGAGCUCCCUGUGGAGAUUGGUUCCAUCGCUUCACAGAUCGCUCUCCAUGCGGGAUCUUACAUUCAGGAUGUCAUGGUACAAUACGCUCAACCAAAGCCUUGGAUCCUUCUUCAAGAGGGCGGAGAAAACACUUAUGUCUCUAGUGCCAUGCCGCAAAAGCGGAAUCCAGGUCUUCUUAUCAGAACCCGAGCUGAAGCAUCGAGAGUUGUUACUUUGGGAGUCGGUCGAGCCAUUCAGGGCCAUAACCUUCCACCCGGCAUGUUUGACGCCAAAGGACUUGCGGACAACUUGGCAGUUAUCAACGGCGCGACUCAGGUGUUGGGUGACUGGCAUAGGAUUCUCAACGCUCUGGUCAUUGACGGUGAUCGCGCUCUCAAAGAGCUGGACUUGGACUGGACAGCUUCUCAGGAGCUAGCCGAUGUUCUGAUGCGCGAGCACAACGUUCCGUUCCGCGUCGGACACCAUUUUGCUUCGGAGGUUGUGAGAUACGCCAAAGCUGAAGAUUUAUAUCCAAGCAACUUCCCUUACACUGAAGCUGCGAAAAUAUUCUCAAAUGCACUAAGACACGCAGGGCUGGAUAGUGACGGCUAUGAAUUCAUGAGUGAGCAGGAGUUUCGAGGGGCUCUUGACCCAGCAUCCAUCAUCAAGCGGCGAGCUACAUCGGGUGGUCCGCAGCCCAAAGAGAUGGAACGUAUGAUAGAGAGCUCCAAACAUGCGCUGGAAGGUUUAGAGAAUUGGGUUCAGCAACGUCGCUCCAAUAUUGAAGAGGCACUUGGCGAACUAGAUGCAGCUUUCAAGGUUUUGCUUGAGUAG